CACACCUGUGUUUAAACCACUUAUAAAAUGAUUUUUGCUUAAUAGGUCCCAUUUAAAGUAAAACUAGAAGUAACAGAUUUGUUUCCUCACUACACCCAUUCCUGGUGACAACGGCAAAAACGAGGAAGUGCACUUUUCCCUUUAAGUGUGCAGAAAGGCUGCAGAUGUGUAAUGUGAGAGCAGAAGCAGUGGUCAUGCUGGUCAGACGAGUGCUGUGCAGAGGAGCUCAUGGAUGGAGGCUCAGUCAGAGGAGAAACAAUCAGCACAGCUCAGCUCUGGUGUACAGAGAGCAUUCACACAACAUCAACACCGUCAGGAUGGAGCAGUUGCUGUUGCCCCCCGUUGGAAAUCGUUCAGUGCGGAUUCGCAUGCUCGCAGCUCCAGUCAAUCCUGCAGACAUUAACAUGAUCCAGGGUUCAUACCCGAUCCUGUGCCCCGUCCCGGCGGUGGGGGGGAACGAGGGGGUGGGCGAGGUGCUGGAGGUGGGCAGUGAUGUCACAUCUCUCAUGCCUGGAGACUGGGUCGUGCCCAUAGAUGCUGGCUUUGGUACAUGGAGGACAGCUGUUGUGUGUGAAGAGGAUGAGCUCAUCUCCGUUCCCAAAGACAUCUCAGUCCUGGGAGCCGCGACCAUCUUUGUGAACCCCUGCACCGCAUACAGGAUGCUGCAUGACUUUCAGACACUCUCCCCUGGUAAUACCGUGAUUCAGAACGCCUCUAACAGUGCAGUGGGACAGGCUGUGAUUCAGAUCGCUGCGGCGCUGGGCCUAAAAACCAUCAACAUCAUCAGAGACAGAGUGAACCGUGCCGAGCUGAUGCAGGAGCUUCAGUCACUGGGAGCGGAUUAUGUGGUGACAGAAGAGGAAGUGAUGUCAUCAGGACUUAAUCAGCUUUUUGAGGAGGUCCCGAAACCUAAACUGGGCCUGAACUGCGUGGGGGGCUUGAGCGGAGGACUUGUGCUCUCUAAUCUGGAUUAUGGAGGCACAAUGGUCACAUAUGGAGGGAUGGCCAAAAGACCUCUCCAAAUCCCUGCUAAGUCCUUUAUAUUCCACAAUGUGACGCUGAAGGGCUUCUGGUUGACCCAGUGGAAAAGACAGCACAGGACAGAUAAAGCCAAGCUGACGGCCAUGUUGGAUGCGGUGUGUGAGCUGAUGAGGGCUGGACGGCUCUCCGCACCAAACUGCGUGCACACACCAUUUCACCAGUACACAGACGCUUUACAAGCUACAACACAAACACACGGCCGCAAACAUGUGCUCAUUAUGUAGAUGCAAAAACACACAACACACUCAAUGAACAUCUGUAAACAAGUACUGUGCGCUAAUUUAUUCAUCUUAACUGUAAAAGAGGAGCUGACAAACAGGCAAUACAAUAUCUGUUUUAUGUAAAACACCAUUUUGAAGAAAAAAAAAUUAUAUAUUUGAAAAUAUACAGUGGGGGAAAUAAAUAUUGAACAUGUCACCAUUUCUCUCAGAAAACAUAUUUCUAAAGGUGCUGUUGCCUUUAGUUUAUAAAUUAGUUUAUAAAUGAAGUUAAGUGUAAUAAAAUGAAAUGAUGCAGGGAAAAAGUAUUGAACGCAUGAAGAAAGGAAGGCAUAGAAAGGCAGUGAACGCCCAGACAGCAGCUGAAAUCUCUCAGUAGUUCUUUAGCAACCCUCUGCCCUUCCUCAGUGUAAAUGAACAUCAGCUGCUUCAGUCCAACAUCUACAUUAGCUCGAGGAUGAAGAUAAAACCAGGGUGGACAUUUCAGCAAGACAAUGAUCUAAAACACAGCCAAGGAGACUCUCAGAUGCUUUCAGAGAAAGAAAAUCAAGCUGUGAAAUGGCCCAGCCAAUCACCUGACUCGAAUCCAAUAGAGAAUACAAAAUAAUGCUCAGAUUUGAUAGACGAGAGCCACAGAAACAUCAAGACUUUCACACUCUGUUGAAGUCUGUGAGAAACUCACACCUGAGCAAUGCAUGUCACUUAAUUCUCCAUAGCUGAGGCGUCUUUAAGCUGCCAUCACCAAAAAAAGCCUUUAAUAAGAAGUAUUAAAUACAUUUCAGUAGUGCUUUCUCCUUCUGUCAGUCCAUUGUUAUUACACAGAACUCAUUUUCAGAUUUUGUUUUAUUUUUAUGUUUGUGUUGUUUGGGUUUUCAUCAAAAUCUGGUUCAAUUCCAUCUUAACAGCUCCUUAAGAAAUAUUAUUCCCAGGAAAAAACAUGACAAUGUGUUCAAUACUUACUGUAUUUCCCCCACUGUAACUUAAUUAUUUUAAUGGUUAUUUUAUCAAGGGUUUCUUUUCUAAUCUGUAUCCUAAAUAUGUCCUAUGAUAUAACAGAGCAAAAAUGAGAAAAAAACAACAACAACAACUCCUAAUAAUGUAUAAAUAGUGUAAAAGUGAUUUAUCUUUAUUGGUUUUAUUCCAUAUGAAAUUAUGAAUAUAAUGUUUUUCUCCAUGGCUUGUUGGACAUUUUUAAGACAUUUAGUGUGACACCAAACCACAACAAAACUCAAUUUUAUAGUGGAGUAAAAGCUGAGCAGGUGAUGGGCUUCAGUCACAUGAUCCUGAAUGCGGUCCUUCAACUAUUUAAAGUUUUCCGUGGGUAUUGCCUGAUUUAAAAUGAGUAAAUAUUGUGUCAGUGAUGAAAUGUGUCGAGUUCUUGAUUUCAGAAAUGUUGCCAUUUACUUAUUUUAUGAUAACUUUUUAAUUUAUAAGAGCUGUAAUUUAUUGGACUUUUCUUGAGGCGGUCACGUCACCGGACAGUUUUAAGAUUUGGCUCAAAAACAAAUACAUGUAUAUAUAACAGCCUUUUUUGUAACAAGAGGUUCAUAGAAGACAAAUAAAUGUUUAACCAACUUA